UUACAAUCUUAAUUCCACACCACAUUAGCCGCAGAUCAGCUCCAAUGGCUCAUGUUCUGGCUUCCAAGGCUGCCUUCCUCGGCUCCUCCAAACCUCUAGCCGACGCCAAACUCCACUCCCCCGCCAAGCCAGCCGCCUUCACCGUCCGCGCCGACGCCGACACAAGCAGCAGCCGCCGAGCCGUGCUGGGCCUGGUCGCCGCCGGGAUCGCGUCUGGGUCGUUCGUCCAAGCUGUUCUCGCCGAAGCCAAGUCGAUCAAGAUCGGCCCGCCGCCGCCUCCCUCCGGCGGACUCCCCGGAACACUUAAUUCGGACAUCCCACGGGACUUGGAGCUCCCGUUAAAGGACCGGUUCUUCAUAACGGCGUUAUCGCCACCAGAGGCGGCACAGCGGGCCAAGGAGUCAGCAAAAGAUAUCGUAAACGUAAAACAACAAAUCGAGAAGAAGGCGUGGCCGUACGUGCAAAACGACCUCCGUUUGAAGGCGGAGCUCCUCCGUUACGACCUAAACACCGUUAUUUCUUCCAAGUCUAAGGACGACAAAAAGUCCCUCAAAGCCCUCACCGAUAAGCUCUUCCAGACAAUCUCCGACCUGGAUCAUGCAGCGAAGAUUAAAAGUAGUCCCGACGCCGAGAAGUAUUACUCACAGACAGUGUCGGCUUUGAGCGAUGUCUUGGCCAAGCUUGGAUGAGAUUUAUUUAAAUAAUAAUAAUAAUAAUAAUAAUAAAUUAUAAUAAAUAAUAAUAAUAAUAAUAAUAUGUUAAUUAGAGUGAGUUUUCUUUUUGUGUAUGUACUGUGUAGAUAAGACACGAGGAUUCUUGAAAUCACUCAUAUUAGUGUAAUUUUUAUUUAAACAUGCUCAAAUUUAAAAUUAUGAUAGAAUUUCUAAUAUUAGUCCCA